AUGAAAUUGUUUUGUUGUGGGCCGAAGACCGACCUACCACCUGUUGACAGUAGCAGUUUAUAAUCGACUAGAAUGGGUGAAAGAAUUCAACACCCGAAUAAACAUUUAAUUUGUUCUUUCUCUGACUGUAAAGCGACGUUUUCAAAGCUUUGGAAGUUGGAAACGCAUUACUGCAGACACACUGGACUGCCGUUUGCUUGUGGAAACUGCGAGAAGAGCUUUUGUACCCGUUACCAGCUUACCCGACAUCAACUGAGCCACAGUGGCGAGAAACCCUACCUGUGCUCCGUCAGCGGGUGUUCAGCUGCAUUUUCCACGCCUGGCAGCUUGAGGAACCAUGUUGCUCAUGUUCACCACCACGAAGAGAAGUAUUAUGUGUGCAACCAUCAAGGCUGUGGAAAGGAGUUCCGUAAGAAAAAGCAACUGAAGAUUCACAUGUGUGAACACACAAAUGAGUUGCCCUUUGAAUGUGACUUUAAGGGAUGCAACAACAAAUUUGAUUCCUCUAAAGCUCUAAAACGACAUGGGAAGGUACAUGAAGUUUACCCAUGUGAUGAGGAGUUCUGCAACUUCAGAGGAAAAACUUGGUCUGAGUAUCAAAAGCACAAAAAGACUGCACACAGAGUUACCCUGCCAUGUGAUCAAUGCAAGAAGAUCUUCCACAACGCCUGGUUUUUGCAGAAGCACAAACAAUCCGUUCACUCUGGGGAGCGGCGCAUGUUUAAAUGCUCUAGAGAGGGCUGUCAAAAGAGCUACACCAAAAACUUCAACCUGCAGAACCACAUUCUGGUCUUCCAUGAGGGAAAGCACGACUUCACCUGCCCUUUUGCAGGCUGCGGUAAAGCCUUUGCUAUGAAGGAAAGCCUGAAGAGGCAUUCUGUAGUCCAUAACCCUCAGAAGUCAAAACUGCCGAAGCCAAAAGUCAAGCCGCGCAAACGCAAGGCGACUUCAUCCAAAACAGAUGCAGCUAAACUAUCUGAGCACCUGCAAAAUGUGUCCUUGAACAAGACUGGAUCAAAGAAGCCAUUGCCUUAACUUUAUUUUUCAUGGAACAAUCCCCUUUUGUCCCAUAUUUUCCUCAGUUUCUAAGUUUUGUUUAGUUUAUACAGACAUGAUGUUUUCAGUUUAGAUUCAUGAAAUAAAUGAUCACUGCUGCAA